CCACACAUUCGUUGAACACUCACAGUCACAGUUCGGCAAGUCGCUCACUUAGUCACGACCACUUCCACCAUCCACCCAAUCUAUCACCAGACUCUCUCAUCCCGAUUCAUUCAUCCAUAGCACCAGUCCCUCGCAAGAAUGAAGCAAAUCUUCUCCACCGCAACUCUCUUCCUGGCCUCUCUCGCCGCAGCAUCACCAAUAUCCCUAACCACCCGCGCAACAAGCAUAACGAUCUCCAUCAAAACCGGCGACGGCGACAGUGCAACUACCUUGACCGUCCCUCUCGACCAAAUAACCCAAACAUCAGGCCAGAGCACCAAAGCAGUCGCCGCAUCGAUCUCCACGCUCAACACAUUCUGCCAGGCGUUCUCCGACAGUGCUGGCACAACACCACUCGGGCCCGUCUUCAGUUCUGGAAAUGACGCCAGCUAUAGCGCCUCAUCGUCGGGAGAUACCGCAAGCCAGGCGGACGAUGCGGUCACGGUAGCUGCAUACUUGUGCUCUGCAACCCAGGCUGGUGUGGCGCCGAAGACGAGCACGACCACCGGCACGGGCACGACAUCGCUGAAGCCAUCCACAGGCACGAUCACUGUCGAACUGGAACAAAGCUCUGACCAAUUCGUCCAGACGGACAUACCGCUCGAUUAUUCGCUGGUGGCCACGACGGCGACCACACUAGGCAACAUGGGCAUCGAUCUGAGUCUUGUCAGCCUCACAGGGUCAAGCGCCACGCUGGCACAGGUGGGAUGUCAAGUUUUCGAGGAUGCGCAGGGCACGGUGCCUGUGGGUGGAGUGGCGACGAGUGGCAGUGACGCUAUUUUGGCGGCGAAUCCGAUUGCGCCCAGUCAUAUACAGAGCAUAAGAUGUGGUGUUGUCGGUUGAAUGACGAUCACUCAAUUUGCUGAUGUGGCAUGCCGCAUGACGAUGAGAAGCAACCGUGUCUGGGCACCUCGAGCAGGGACUUUUCAGAGAUGGGGAACGCAAAGGAACGAAGUUUUGGGAAAGCAUUGAUGGUUGAUGAAUGGUGUAUUAGAAAAAAGGCAAUUACCUCACUUAUCGAAUGAGUACGCCCCAAAAAAGUAUCCCGAGUCAUAACAGAUCCUGAAACCAACAGAAGGAAUAUAUACACAAAAGGACAAGAGUCCAGUAUAGAGCAGAUGUGCGCUAUAUCGGGUUG